AGUCGCGACCCAAGCAAAACGAACUCUCCAGCAGCCCCUUCAUCACUGCUGUAUUUACCAUUUAGGGCUUAGGGCAUCAGGGGAGAGAGAGAGAGAUGGCUUUCAAUGGUGGAUUGAGAUCCGGUAUGAAGUUGUUGGUGUCCUCUGCAACCGCUGUCUCUAACUCAGCUCCUCGGGGAUUGCACUCAACUGCGGUGAAGAGAAUGGGAGGACAUGGCCAUGAUUCAGAACCUUACUACCUCCAUGCGAAGCACAUGUAUAACUUGGACAGGAUGAAGCAUCAGAAACUGAAGAUGUCUCUUGGAGUGUUCACUGCAUUCAGCAUUGGUGUGGGUGUUCCAGUUUACGCCGUCAUAUUCCAGCAGAAAAAAACAGCCUCAGGUUGAUUUUGUCAUGCCUGACAGUGGUGCAAUAAGACAGACCCAGCUCUCAUAUAUUUUCCUUUGGCAUUUGAAACUUUUGACGAUGGGUACGGAUUGCUUUGAUUAUCUACAGUUGCCAUCGAAUCAUUUGGAAUGAGUUUGAUUUUGUUUUUCCCCUGAAGCUUUUUUAGACAUCUGGAUUCUUAAUAAUGCAAAAAUGUUAUUGAUGCAA